UUUGCUCCUUGAUAGGCUCAUGCCCUUCCGGCUGAUCCAAUACACCGCAGCUGCUCACCAGGAAAACACACCACCAAGUUCCUGCUUGCAGCAGCUGAUGGUCCAGGCUUCGGUCUGACAGUUGCCAAGUCCUGAUGAUUGUUCGUCAGUUAACCUGUAGAGCCUACAUAAACAGUCAAAUACAUGUCCACCUGAGGAAUUCCGGGAGGAACCAGAACAUGACCACCAGACCCAGUUCAGACCUGGCGGCAUUCAGGGAGAUUUUCUUCAAAGCCAACAAUAUCGCCAUCAUCACCGGAGCAGGGGUGAGCGCCGAGAGCGGAGUUCCCACCUUUAGAGGAGCAGGAGGCUACUGGAGGAAAUGGCAAGCACAGGAACUGGCCACUCCAGAGGCCUUCGCCCGAAAUCCCUCCCGUGUUUGGGAGUUCUACCACUACAGACGUGAAGUCAUGCUCACUAAGAAUCCCAACCCGGCUCACUUGGCCAUCGCCGAGUGUGAGGAGCACCUUAGCAAACAAGGGCGUAAAGUUACAGUCAUCACCCAGAACAUCGACGAGCUCCACCGCCGCGCCGGUUCCAAAAACAUCCUGGAAAUCCACGGCAGCUUAUUUAAAACACGCUGCAUGAGCUGUGGUCAUGAGGCGGCCAAUUACAAGAGCCCCAUUUGUGAUUCUCUGAAGGGCAAAGGAGCUCCAGACCCAGACUCGGUUGAUGCCAAGAUCCCCGUCGAGCAGCUGCCUCGGUGUGAGCAGAAGGGCUGUCAUGGCCUCCUGAGACCAGCUGUGGUUUGGUUUGGAGAGACUCUGGACGCAGACAUCCUCACCAGUGCAGAACAAGCGCUGGACAGCUGCGACCUCUGCCUCGUGGUGGGCACCUCCUCAGUCGUGUAUCCGGCAGCCAUGUUUGCUCCCCAGGUGGCAGGCAGAGGCGUCCCAGUGGCUGAAUUCAACAUGGAAAACACUCCGGCUACCAUGCGCUUCAAGCACGUUUCAUUCCUCUUCACACCGUCACACCUGGCAUCACUGUCACUGAUUUACUUCACAUUUCUGGGUCAUGGCUGUAGAUGACAUUUCUCUUUGUUUCAGGUUCCACUUCCACGGCCCCUGUGGGACCACCUUACCCCCUGCACUGGCACGCCAUGAGGCUGAGAAAAACUGAAAAAGUUAGCAGUGCGCAGACGGACCCGCAAAGAAGGACUGUGAUGGGUACCAAGAGUGAUGGGUUCAGUGUGAUGGGCAAUGUCAACGAUGUGGAGCUGUGUUUAUAAAGAAAAGGGAACGUGUGCUUAAUAUUACUGGAAAUUUACCAGUUGGCUAACGUGUCAAAUUGUAGCAGAUGUUUUCUGAUGCUGUAUCACACUACUUAUCUCUGCUGUAAGGUGUGAACAUAUAAGAGUUUUUAUUUAAAAAGAAAAAAUGGAAAUGCGGGUGAAAACUGUGACAAGCAACAUUUUCCUGUGAAGGACAUGGUUGCCUGACAGUAGGGGGCAGUGUUUAGCCACUGCUGUGGAGGCUGCUGCUUUUCCAAGGAUGUGUGAGCACUGGCCUGGGAUGUGUGGUGUUUGUGUUGUCAGAGCAGUGUUGCCUGAAUUUAUGGACUGUGAUGAAUACUGUGUAUGAUGCCUUCAAGUAGAAAUGAAACCAGUGACUGCAUUCCCUCAGUCAUGCGAGCAAGAUUUCCUUUUUGGGUCCUGAAGGAUUUAUCACAAGUUUUCACACAAUUAAAACAUCUUACAGAAGGAAAAUGAAGCCUCCUCAAUAUGUGUGCAAGUAGUGCAUCGAUGUGGGCGAACAUAUCCAUAGGUUCUUGUUAUAGGGAAUGUUCUGCUUUUUACAAAGACAAGAUUAUUCAUGACACUUUGCUGCUUGGCUGCAACCCCCCCCCCCCCUUUCAUAAUCUGAGCAUGAACACAUGAUGUGCACUGGACAAAUGCAGUGCUGUAUUAAUUUGUAGUUUAUAUCAGUGGAAUCUGGCUUCAUCUUUCCAAGAACCUUUCAUCAUUAUUGCAAGGAAUUCAUCAGAUUAUUUUUCUCUAAAAAAAAUAAAAUAAAAAUAAUAAAAUAACAUUCACAUACGUUUGUACUGACUAAAGAAGACACAAAUCUUAAAUUUGUGUUUGGCAGGGUGAAAAAAGGAAAAAGAAGACUAUGGGUGAUGGUACAGGAACCCCCCCUUUUCUCUUUUGGUGAUUGAUGGCAUCUUCAUAUAGAUCAGUGACAUGAAGUGAAGGAAGUGAAGUGCUGAUGCUGGUGGUGAAUGAGCAGAGAUGGGAAGGGGCUGAUACUUCAGACUGGUAUCAGGAAGAAAAGGAGACCGUGCUAACGUCAGCCUGGAGAAAAAAUGACAGAAGUCAGUUUUAAAUAACAGGGAUCAGAGUGACUGGCUGGAACAGUAGCAGAAGAGAAAAGCACUGGACCUGAGUUGUGAUGACAGGAUGAAGAAUGAGGGAAAAUGAAAGUGACAAAUAAAAUGAUGAAAAGCCUAAACACAAGAUAUGGGAAUAUGUCAGAGAAAGGUUCUUAUUGAACUUAAG